UCCGGUUUUAAUUUUUUUUUUUUUAAAUUUUUUAUUUAGCUUUGCCAACUAGGGCAGGGUCACCACAACAGCAUGUGCCAAUUACUGUGGGCCCUUUUCACCUAACCCACCCUGUCAACUUUCCCUGUGGGAGGAAACCGGAGUACCCGGGGAAAACCCACGGCUUUCGGCAGAGCGUUGACUUUUACUCUUUUCACAUGGGGACUGGGUUCGAGUCGCACUGAGAAGGUACUUAGUGAGACUCGAACCUGCAGCCUCAGAGGUGAAAGGCAAGUGCGCUAACCACUUGGCCACCGAAGCCCCGUUUUGGCCAGAGCCCUUCGUCGCACCGCGCGUAAGAAGGGCUCUGGGUACGAGAAUGGUAUGAGGGCUGGUUAGGAGCUAAUCUCAACCCACCCUGUCAACAUUCCCUGUGGAAGGAAACUGGAGUACCACGAAACCCGACUUUCUCUAGAGCGUUGAUUCACUCUUUUUGCACGAAUGUUUUGAGUCCAGGAGAAGAAUCGAAUUCCUACGAUCACCGAGGUGAGAGGCGCUCAUCUUACGAUGGCGCCACCGAAGUCCUAUAUCAGAAGCAUCUCAUGCUAAUUUUCAUCCAGCCCAAGAUGUCUCAUGGUCGACAGUAGCUCUCACUGCGAAUGGGCCGUGAAUGCACCUUAACCAAUUCAGUUUGAGUCCAAUCUAGUCAUUAUACUGCCACGGCAGAAGUUUCGUGGUUUUCGUGCAAUUGACCAAAAUAACCCUGCCUUAGGACACUAUGCUUCACUGAUUAUAUUCAAACCGUUGUUGGGGCACUUACGGUUUCAGAUCGUCAGUGGAUAUAUAUGAAAAUUAUUUCAAACAUUCGGUAUAUCUCCCACCCCUCGGGUCUCCCCACUCAACGUUGUUAUCAAAAUAAGAUGUCACUGAGAUCAACAUUGAAGGGGGGGGAGGGGGGGGUGGAAGUUUGUCCAAAUAAUUGGUAGUUUGGCAUCUGUCGCAAUACAUUUGAAAUUAGCCUAAGCAAAGACCUUCGUUUUGUUGCCCUAAAAUUCGCAGGUGGGAUACAGGCAAAUCAGGUAGAAUAGCAAAGUAGGGCAAAUCCUCGCCCCGACCCCCCCUGGGUUCGCAUCUCUGCAUGACAUGACAAGUAAUCAAACGUGCAACUUCCGGCGUUUCCGAAGGCUCGCGGGGUCAAGCAAUGUGUUUGAUUCAAGCCAAUGCCCUCGGGGCGCUUGCUGUGUGAUAUUGACGUGUAGACAUUCAUUUCUAGAUGUGCCGUGUAUACCGCCAGAAAUCCUAAAUCAUCGGUCAAGCCACCUUUGGUUACUCUAAGGCAAACUAUAAGUAGUUCUAGGGUAAAUUGGUCACGUUUUACCAGAUGACUGCAGUGCUAGCUUCAGGAAUCAUGGAAUUCAAUUCAGACUCGCCGCUUCAACAUCAUAUAGGCGUACUGAAGCAGGAGCAACAUGUCGCUUCUCAAAGCUGUGCAUCGCAAGUUUCUGCUUGGGGCAAGCACGACGCACUACCUAACACCAACAAACGAAGAUUAUCCAAUGGUAAGACCUAUACAGUGUUUCUAGGAAUUUCAGAACGAAUUUGUAGACAGUUCUGAGAUAUUUCAUUGCGACGUUUGUAUCUUGCGAGUCGCAUGCAAAUAUUUCUAUGAACCGGUCGUGGCGAAGUGGUGACCUCACACUAAUAAGUAAUAAACAUUUUAAAAUGCUCCUAAAGUUCGCUUGGUAUUCAUAAUAACGUUAGGCGGUUUACUAUGAACUUUAGACAUACCGAAUACAUUUAGUUCGGCAAUACAAACCGGCAGACAUUGGACAUUCUUGAGAUAUACAUUCCCAAAAUUGACGGCUAGGAGCUAGAAUUACGCGAGGAAUUACGCAAGGCGAUUUUGUGUUUAUAUUAUUGCCUGUAACUCUUGUUCUAGCAUAUAGCUAGCAAGUGAUUAUGUUUCUCAAAACAUAAUACGAGUGUAUUUUGUAUAUAGCGAAGGAAAUAGCGCUCAGACGAUCGAAAAUUUAUACGCCUUGGGGUUAGUGAUUAGUAUUCAAUGUGGUUGAGUCGUAGCAUAUCUAGUAACAAAAUAUGGCUUCCUCUGUGAACUAUUUGCCUUAAGUUUAAUCAACAAAACGUUGUCGCUCUAGUGUUUGAGAAUUCGGUCGACAUUUACAAAAGCAUUUAGGCUUUGCAAGUUUCAAAGCGUAUCGUAUUCGCAUCGCAUUAAUGUAUGUCUCAAAAUUGUCGUCGAACAAAUUACAUGUAAAGCAAUUAUUAUCUUUCGAGUCACGCGAUACUUUGGUGUUUAUAAAUAAGCGAUAUAACCCUUAGUUUUCGUGUAUAAAACUACACAUACAACCACAACAGGUUGUAGCCCGGAGGCAAAGGGAUAUAGUCAAUACAGUACGUUAUUAUUGAAAAUUCCACGGGUUUAUAUCAAAUAUGGCACAGGGUGAUAUGUAGAUAUUACAUAAUACACAUACGGGAACGUUCGAAGAAUUGUAGAACACGCGAUUCUAAAAGUCACGCGAUGGUUUUAAAUUUCGUAGAAAAUCGAUUUGGAAUCGCUAGCAAAUAAAACCAUAAGGGAAAUAUAUAUAUAUAUAAAUAAGACAAGCAUCAGACCCCAUGCAUAUCUUAUCAGUAUUAAAGUAAUUAAAAUAUUUCGUUUCGGUAUUGUUCGGCCUUUCGGCAAUGUAUACAUAUUCAAUUCUCCAGAUCUGACGACUCAAAUUUCCUGAAUUUGAGCUUAAUGUGUUUUCUUUGGGAUUUUUCGCAGGAAUUAUGAUAAGAAAGUAUAGACGGUUUGCCAGAAGUGCCAAAGGCAUAUUGAAUUUGUGUAUAACGUUGGCGGCCGUGUGUCUGCGGUAUGUCUAGGAAACAUAUCAGAAACUCCUAGAGUCCGUUUUAAUGAAUUUUGGCCAUGCUCCAUUUUGUAGCAAUUGAGCGGAAAAUUGCAACAUAUAUAACACAAGGGGAUGGGGGGAAAACGUCGGGUGAUUGUGGUGUAGCGUAGGAUUUUGCGAAUAUUUCGUGCAAAUAAUUAUUAAUCUCAGUGUGAUGUGGUAUGAUAGCUGGGCAAAUAUUAGCAAAAGGCGUCUUUGUCUCGCAUUUCAAAAAUUUCUCAUUACACCAAGGCCAACGCAGAGCCUUAGGAUUUCAUAUUUUGAUGUUUUAAAUUGCAUUAUUAGGGUAAUAUACAAAUAAGCUGCCGUGGUUGGUGUCUGAAGUAAUUGAAAGGCAUUGAAAACACUUCGAGCUUUAGGCCCUUUGGCUUUGCCAACAGCUUUCACUCGAAACGCUGAAGUAUCUUUUCAUUUUUUAAGGCCGUUCAGCCAGCAGCCACGGUAACUUAUUGUAAGAAUACUGCAUUCGUUGGACCCUAAGGCUAAGUCAAAUUACAUAAAACGGGUACAAGUACAAUACCGUACUUUUUUCCUCGCAAAGCUCUUAAUAAGGCACGCUCAAGUUCAAGCACUCGGUUUAGUUAGCUUCGCUUCCUCCAUUUCCCGUAGUAACGCUGGACUAAUAAGGGAUGAACCUUGAGGCUCUUUACACUUGCAAUUUAUGCCACGAUUUCUAGUUGCGAUUUUCGUCUUCUGAUGUAUGUCAACGAGUAGAUAAGUUAUGAAUGUUCUGAGUAUAUGUACCCUGACUGAACAUUCACAGCUCAUUCAUAUCUAUCAGAAGAAGAAAAUUGCACCUAAAAUUGCAAAGAUAAAGUGUAAAUUGGACUUUAGAGUUUUAAUACACAGAACUGAACAUGAGUAAUAUAGCUAUCCAGUGUGUUAGUUACUUUGUAAACCAAAUGACAUAGAUCAUAAUUAAUUUAAACCUGCAGGUAGAUACGCGUGUAAUGCAGGCUUGAUUGAUUGCUUCGCAUUUUCCGCAGUAGUGCUGCAAGAAAUGGCUUAUGGAGUUAUGCGACCGUUUUAAUAUUUGGGAGUGGAAAUUCACGCUCUCGAUCGUAACAUAAUCAUGUUUGCUGCAAGGCGUUCAUGCGGUGAUAAGACAAUGGCUAAAACUGUUGAGCGGAAAUUGCGGUUUAAUUUUGACGCUUGACAGAUGGCUGUCACUAUGGCAUUUUUUAUUUCUGAGAAUUAAUUAAAAGCAGUCACGUUUUAAGUAACUUUAUAUCGGGCUUAGAGAUUAACUAUGCUUAUUUAUUUAUCCUAAACUGGAUAGCUCUACCAGUUACAUCCAAGUUCCGCUGUCCAAGUUCAAUGUUACUGGAUAAUUUUAUCACUUCUUAAACUAUUCUCCCUAGAGGUCCAAUACGAUCCAUCUCUUAUAAGGGACGUCGUGGAGGGGAACGCGGCAAAUGCCCCCCCCCUGCCCUUUUCGAAGUGUAUUUUCUGGGGGAGUACCCCACACUCCGAACCUAGAGGUGCUAUAACUGCAAUGCUGAUUUUUAACUUACUCAACUUUGUAAACACUUUGUAAUUCAAAUCUUAUUUGCGAUAAAAGUGUAAAUAAAACUUCAAUAAUAAUAAUAAUAAUAAUAAUCAAUUCAGGUAAAAUCCUCUGGCACAAACUGUCCCCUUGUACGAAAAUCCCCCUUUUCGUCGUUGCGGCGUCCUUGUCCAUGGAGGAAAAAACGCGACGCUUGGUUGAACGGCUGUACACAGACUAGGUUGAACCGACUGGGGGUAUUUUUUUCACAAGAGACCGAAAUAAUCAACAUAAUGGUCGCAAGGAUGAAAGGCUGCAUGCACCACAAUGCUAAGAUGUGUUUUGCCGCUAGGUAAUUCUGUUAAUUAGAUCAUUCAUUACUGUUCUUGAAAUAGAACAAAAGUAUCAUAUUUGUCAUAUCUCAAUAAUCGCGCAGCACUCCCUUAUAUGUAAGUCAAGUAUUACGUUACAUAUCAUUUCGCCUCAGGAGAUCAGCGUGCAGUGAAUUCCUUAAGGUUAAUUCCACGAAAUAACAGCGGUAAGGUGAUUAAAAUAUGUCUAUUUUGAGAUGUAGGGCAACACGCAGCCGAAACUGUUUAAACGAAUAGACUGGAUCUGACGUUACUGCAUAAGUAACAAUGGAAAUCUAAUGACCUCGAAGAGACUAUAGACACUAUAAUAUUCUCCAAUAAUAAGUACAUUUUGUGUAUAUGGCACUAUAUGGGUAAUAUGGCCUUAAGCCUGGUUCAAAGUUUCUCUGAUCACACUAGGAAACAAACAUCGGUAAAUUUGUAAGAAAUGUCAUUGAGUCAAUUCAUUGAGUCAGUUCCCUCAAAGAGGGGGGUAAUGGGGUAUUUUCGUGCUGCGUAUUGGGGUAAUUUAAUUAUUCGUUCUUCGUUCAGUCAUCUUUUUAUUUAACGUUUUUCGAUCCCGACAUGGAUGCCGUGUAUCGUGCUUGCGGUGUAUUCAAUAUCCGUUCUCCGUUUUCAGCUGUAUUUAAAGACGGUUAUUUCUCGUUUCUGGACAAUAUAUUCCAUUAAUUUUGUUUCUGGAUUUUAGCUAUGUUUUGAUUGGGGAACGGAGGUUUCAAAGUUUAUAUAAAUCAUGAACAUCGACGCAAUUGUAAACAAAUAGGUGAACACACCGCCUAGUACAGACUGUUUAUAUUCAACUUUAAGACUUCUAAGUAUGAUUGUUGCUUACAUUUCAUGUUCACUUUACAUUUCAGAUUCGUAAUAAAUUCGUGCUUCAGGAUCGGUACCCCCAUUACCCCCCCUCCUCCAAACAUUUCUUACAAAUCCUUCAAAACUUAGAAUUUACCUAUGCAAAAGUUCUACUGUGAUCACAGAAACUUCGAUAGUGUAAACCAGGUUUUUAGGCACGGCUCACAUUUUCAUGGUUAGAUCUGAGAUGAGCAAUUGUUGUUAUAUAAGUAGAAGCUGAUCUUACUUACAGCGAGUUAAGAGCCAGAAACUAUAGCAAAAGAAUGAAAAUCUGUUCGCGUGUUUCUUCCACUGAAUUUCCUGUGUUAACUAGUUAAAAUGUUGAUGCAAAGCACGACCCACCAAUUUGGGAUGGCUUCAGUUCCACAAUAUUUAGAGACUGACUACAUACAAAAUAAUAUGAUAAAGAUAAAAUUAAGUGACGUUAGAUAUGCAAAUGACUUGGUAUAAUUAUGCGCAGUUGUCAAAGUACAGGUAGCUGAAAGCUUUUAAGUUGACAGUAAAAACAGUAGAAAUGCUGACCCUUAUAUGGGCUGGGACUUUGAAUCACAUCAGACGAGCAUCACUGCUCCUAUCAUAAACCAAUUGAUAAUUGGAUCACGACUGGACAAACGCAUCUACUUAGCACUGAAAUAUUUUGUAAAAUAUUUUUAUUUUAUUUUCGGAUUUUUAUGUUUUGAUUUUUGAUCCUGUGCUUCUGUAUACAAUGAUAAUUAGGCAAGUUGCGAAUUGGGUACAAACAAACGUUUAUAGCCAAUUUUGCGCAUUUUUGGGUUUUGUUUGUCUAACAAAAAUAUAAAAUCUCGAAAUCUCUCCGUCUACAAAACGCCCAAAUCUUGUUUUUUUAACAACGCCUUACUUGUUACCUUGACGCAACUAGACGUCAUCGCCAUAUGUCAUCUGGCAUUGUGCGCACUGUAAAGUAUACAUGAUGGGAUCAUAUUAAAUAUCUAAGUGGCCCCCGAGCCCAAUGUUAAAGCAUACAGCAUCAAAGGUGAUUAGAGGUCGGUAUAUUUUAUGACUUGAAGUUUCUGUCAGCACGUCAUUGCUCCAAAACAAUAGUUAAUCGCAAACCAUGUGCGUAAAACCGCCACUUGUAACGGCAGAUCGGUAUCUCAUCCAUUAUCGCCCGCUUUCUAUUUAAUUAGUUCUAGAAAUAAGCUUUUAGGUGUUAUAAAAAUGCUAGUUCUUAGAAAUUAUUGUUGUAACAUUUUGAGAAGGUAACCGUCUUCUAUCAGGUCUGAUCAUAUCAAAACAACAACAUCCGAAAGUAAAUAGAUAUUUUACACAAUGUUUGCGGAGCACUGCAGGAUAGAACAAAGCUGAGCUAUGACUCCAUUAUGUAUAGGAGUUAUUCACUCAUAGGCUAUGAGUGAAUAACUCCAAAACAUGAUGGGUGAUUGCAGCUAUUGACUAAAUUUUGAUCUGGGCAAGAAGGACGAAAUCCAAUACCACAGCUAGUAUUACGCGCGGUAAAAAUAACCACUUUCGGCUCAAAAAUGGUUAUUUUUCCCGCGCGUAAUGCAAAUAUAUACAGAAUUUGCGAACUUCACAGGGCUAUAUUUUCCUCAUUUUACAACAUUUCGCAACCAAAUUUUGCAAUUUUAUUCAUUUUAAGAUGAUCUUUCUAGCUGUGGUGUUGGAUUUCGUUCUUCUUGCCUUGAUCAAAAUUUAGUCUGCAGCUGGAAUCACCCUCGCCUGCUCGCAGAAUAGAAUCACUCAUUCCAAUCUAAUGUCCAAGUAAUCUCACUCUUGAAACUCGUGGUAUAAUUACUAAAAUUAAUGCAAUUUAAUGGUUUGCACCUUUUCAGUCGCAAAUGAAGCACCGCAAUCAGAACAAGACCCUUUCCCGUUGCAAAAGAGAAUCAAAACGGAACCUAAAGAUGACUACGAACUCGCCGAAGAGGAAUGCGCGAGGAAGGCUAGCGACCCUACACAGCUACAGACGGAGUCAGACAGAUGGAAAUAUGAACAGAACCAUUCAGCGUCGCCUGUUUUCGGGAGGGUACCAAGUUUUGCCGCAGAAGAAUGCCAUCAAUUCAACGAUAAUUGUAAGCAGUGCGUGAUCAACGAAGCCAGACAAGCUGAUAUGGACAACAUGUCCUUGCAUCAUCGCAGACAGAUACGUGAAUUCGAACAAGGGGAUGAGCAGCCAUUGGGCAAUAAAGUUCGCGAAUGGAAGGAGAAACGAUUGGAGAAAUCGCUUACCGUUCGUGGACUUCCAAGGGCGGUUCUUCGCAUGGAAGAGGAAGAGGGAUUCUAUCAAAGAAUUGAGAAGGAUAGCGUAAACCAAGAAUCAUGUGAUCAACCAUCUUACGAACACCAGCUAUCACGUGAUGACCCACGUGGACAUCACGUGAUACAGCAUGAAGGCUUACGUGAUCAAAUCGUGGUACCGCGUGAACAUCACGUGAUUUCACCCCGUGAACACGUGAUCUCACCACGUGAACAGCACUUGAUCACAAAUGAGCAUCACGUGGUACAUAGAGAUUCGUCAGAGACGAUUCGUUACCUGUUGACACAUCCCACGGGGGGACCGACUAUAGUAUCAACUGAGGGCGAUGUGGACAUGCAGAUGAACGCUGACCCCAUAUCGCCGGGAAAUCAACCAAUCGCGAUGGGGGCAACGAGUAUGCCCGUCGUGCUCACAAGCCCCGGGGUAGUGUCUCCAGAAUAUAUCAACGGUAUGGGCGGUGCCUAUCCAAGAGUGUCUUUGCCACACAAACAAACGACUGCAGCGAAAGUAUCAUCAUCCAAGGUUGCCAAGAAACGAUCACGUCAGCAAACCACGGGAUCGAAUUUCCUCGAGCGACUGGGAAAAGGCCGUCACGAGAGUCCAACGAUGACAAGUGGUAAUAAUAAUAAGAACAAAGGAAAUAAGAACGGCGAAGACAGCGAGUUAUGCCAGGAUGAUUUGGACAGAGGUAUGAACUUUACUGAGCCAAUACACCCUUCCGGAAAGUACGACACUUUGGCUGUAGAGCCUCGCUUUCGUGUAUGUGACAUUAUAGCCUGGUUUCCAUAUGGUCGUAAACGAUCUUUCUCAACGGCCAGUUUAUAAUAGUUUAUACCUGUAAACCACAUAUAAAUCAUAAGUAUUCUCUGGAUAUAAUCACUCCGCGUAUUUUCAGUUCUAAAAUGUUGUAUUUUGGCUGAUGAGAAAGAUCGCGACUCGAUGAUUUAAACUAGGCUCAGGUUUAGGCUCACUUCUUUCGUGACAUAUUAGGGUCCGUAGGCCCCCUGGAAAUCCUGCAAAAUCCUAACUUUCUAUUUUAGUAGUGGACUCCUUAAAAAAUUCCUGGAAUUUUGCAUUGUUUUUUAUCCUAUAUUCAGGUCAGUUUGGUCAAGGUAGUACAAUUUUGCCCCACAUCGACCCAGAAGCGCAAUGCAGUCAAGACACAAUAACUGGAGAACAAUACAUCUCAGAUAUACAACGUCCGUACUGCAAUAUCCCUGAUGAUCACCAAGUGACCCACAUCAAUGGCGUCAUGUCCCUUCCCGCAACACGAGAAACACGGUACGGGAUCACCUUAGGGGAACUUAAACGUAGGACCGGUUUCCCGGAGUACUUAACCCGUGUCGACCUAAUCGCCUAUGUUAGGCAGUCGAAAAGUGCCGGUAGGGCAUUGCUGGAUAAGUACAGCAUCUCCACAGCGGGGCAAAAGUCCCGGCCGACUAUUUUGAGUAAGAUGUGCGAGAAUGAGGCACGCGUGUUAGGCGAUGGCAUAAGUAGGAUGAACUCGGAAUAUUUUCCUUGGAAGUCAUUGGCUAAAGUGGCGUCAAAUAAAGUCACAGAAGGAAAGGACAAUGACGGUAAAGUUGAACACAAACUUAAAGCGAUCCAGAAUACAAGGUAAACAUUAUCAUUAUGCCUCUACUUGCCGCCGAAAUACCGGCAAAGUUGAACUCAAGUCAACUUUCCCGGCCUACCGCCGAUGUAACUGUGGUACUGGAGGCAAUCGGUGAACAAAUAUUCACAUAAUUCACGUUUUAAGCUACCACCGGCAUCGUCGCCGGUACGUCGCAGGCAUAUACGUGAACCAGGCUUAAAAAGUACAAAGUAUCCUUAAAAAAUACUAUCCCAAAAUUAAAAUCAUUAGGAAUAAAUCACGUAAAAUAAAACAAAAGUUAGAAAGUAACGGAAUAUUUCGCCACGAAAUGAAAAUAACGAAGUAAAACGUUACUUCUUAAAACGACUUCGUUUCAAGUAACAGUAUACUCCAGAAAAACUUUACUUGUAAUAACAUGCUGACAUUCUCAAAAAUAGUACUCAAGCACAGUAACGAAGUACAUUUACUUCGUUACUUGACCCCACUGGCAGGAAUCAAACUAGCAGGAAUCGAAGCUGCGAUUUCGGUGCAGCGCACUAACUCCAGUUGAGCUACAGAGGCAUAGACAAUCCAGAAGACUGAAGACAUGUCUUCUGGAUUGUCUAUGCUGUAGCUCAGUUGCUUAGAGCUCAGUCAGAAUUGCAGGGGCGCAGAUUCGAUUCCUGCCAGGGUCUGUAGUUCCAUUUUUCGCAAGUGCUCCUGGUUGGGUGUACUAAAUGUAAAAAAAAUUCUUUUAGAAUUAUUCGAAUAGAAGAGAUGUCAAAAAUACAUUCGGCGGUUACCUUGGACAUUAAUCUAUGACAUAUUCACCAUUUCUAGAACGAUGCUGAAAGAAAUGUAUGAUCUCAUGGUAGAGAACAAGGAUAUUGCGUGCAUGAAGACGUUCGAGGUGGCAUCGCAUACGUUUGGAACGGCAAAUAUUCUCAACCAUCUCACCAUAUUUGAUCGACUGUUUGCAGAGUACCAGAAUGACUUGAUAAGAAAUAACGGCGAGAAGCUGUAAGUGAAGGCAGCAGACUCUACGAGUUUCAAGAGCUGUUCUAAGAAUUUUGAGAAGUACCCAAACAUUUUGAGAAGGUACCCAAACAUUUUGAGAAGGUACCCAAACCUUUUGAGAAGGUACCCAAACUUUUUGAGAAGGUACCCAAACAUUUUGAGAAGGUACCCAAACUUUUUGAGAAGGUACCCAAACUUUUUGAAGAGGUAUCCAAACAUUUUGAGAAGGACCCAAACAUUUUGAGAAGUACCCAAACAUUUUGAGAAGUAUACUGUAGUGCCUUUUACUCGGCUGGCUUUGACAGGUUCGGUCAAUUUUGGGCUAGCAUUUGGUAAGUAUGACGUCACAUGUGAGAUGACCCACUUGCUUUCAUUUCGCAUGUGACGUCAUACUUACCAAAUGCUAGCCCAAAAUCGACUAAACCUGCCAAAGCCAACCGAGUAAAGGUCUGAUCUAUAUAUGUCAGAGCCGGGGAAGGAGGCAGCCCAGAGCUAGCUUACGUCAUAAAAUGUCUUGGGAUUACAAAGGCUUCAACUUAAAGGCCUCCCACCGAAGGGCGCCUGGUUAGAAUGAUUAAAAAGUUGUGGGUUCAAAUCUCGUCACAAACAAACUCAAGAUAUUUUAACACUUCUCUUUAAGAGACAUUUUAGAAUACUUUUCACAUAUUUUCCUGGAAUGAACCAGUAACAAAAUCUAUAUAAUGGCAUGUGAUGCCGUUUGUUUAAACUUCAAAAGUGCCCUGUACAUACAUAUCUAUAUAUAUAGUAGUUGAUUACACCAGACUCGUUUUGUUAUAUUACAGACCUAGAUUCCUGUAAAUCCUGGUUUAAACCAGUUUCAUUUUUUGACAUUUAGCUUACUAAUAGGAGGCAUAAGAUGUCGUUUGUAAAUGCUUCAAAAGUGUACCGUACAUAGAGUAUGAUAUUUUUAAUCUAAGUUAAAUAGAUGUAAUGAUUCGCUUUUGCAAUACAAUUGUUAGUUAGUGAAGUUAGACUUCGUUGCACCGUACGCCUAAAUGGCUGUAAUUUUGUAUUUUUGUUUGUACCUCAUAUUUAAUCUAAGGCACGUUUCGCUACUCUGGGUUAAGCACAUGAACGUAGUUCCUGAAUAUAUUACUAAAGGCUGGUUGACACUAUCAAAGUUUCUGUGAUCACAGUAGGUAUUUUGCAUAGGUAAAUUCUAAGUUUUGAAGGAUUUGUAAGAAAUGUUUGAGGGAUCUGACUCAGUGUUUAACGUUAAGUCAGUUUCCUCAAAUAUCUCUUACAAAUCCUUCAAAACUUAGAAUUUACCUAUGCAAAAUUCCUACUGUGAUCACAGAAACCUUGAUAGUGUAAACCACUAAAACCUGCCUUAACAUUCUCGACUUGUACAGGGUGUAUCAAAAAAAGCGCGACUGAAAUGUAAAUUGCUAAACAAAUAAUAGACGAAAACGUUAAAGUUUACAUUCAUUUUAAAGCGUAGCCAUUCAGCUUUCUAACAGUGGGUUGUUUCUUAAAUUUGACUCAUUGGUUCGCGGGUAAUAAUACU